GCAAAAUGAAAAGGUAGUGCAUGGAAGAAGAAUUAAAGAAAGACAUAGUUGAACUGCACAUGAAAAUAGUGAAGAAGAGAAGUGCGAACUAGUGAGUCAAUGUUGAGGAUUAAUCUGUAGAAGAUGGAGACGAUCAAACUCAAAAAAUCUGCUUAUGUUGAGGUGGUUGAGCAACCAGCAGGGAAAGGAUUAAGGUUCAGAUAUGAAUGUGAGGGGAGAAGUGCCGGAAGCAUUCCAGGUACAGUACAGUACAGUACAGUACAGUACAGUACAGUUGUUGGUUAUAAAGGAAGAGCUGUAGUUGUCGUAUCUUGUGUUUCUGCAGAAGUUCCCUACAGGCCCCAUCCCCACAACCUGGUUGGAAAGGAAGGAUGUAAGAAAGGAGUUUGCACAUUGGAAUUAGGUGCGGAUAUGACCUGUAGUUUCCCCUCCCUAGGGAUCCAAUGCGUGAAGAAAAAAGAUAUUGAAGAGUCUCUAAACCUUCGUCAACAGAUUCGAGUAGAUCCAUUUCAAACCGGAUUUACUCAUAAAACCAACCCAGCAGCUGUGGAUUUAAACUGUGUUCGACUUGCUUUUCAGGUCUUUCUGGAAGGAAAUGAUGCUGGAGCCUUUACCUUUGCACUCAAACCUGUAGUGUCAGAUCCUAUUUAUGAUAAAAAGUCUAAGUGUGAUCUGACGAUUUGUCGGUUAACAGAGACCUCAGCAUCAGUAGCAGGAGGGAAGGAAAUCUUGCUCUUCUGUGAUAAGGUUACUAAGGAUGAUAUACAAGUAAGGUUCUAUGAGGAGAGCAGCAAUGAUUCUUUUACCUGGGAGGGUUUUGGAGAUUUUCAGCCUGCGGAUGUUCACAAACAAUAUGGGAUAUGCUUCAAAACUCCUAAAUAUCAUAAUAUUGAGAUUGAGACACCAGUUAAAGUAUUGCUGCAGCUUCGAAGACCUUCCGAUGGGGCUGUGUCUGAGCCCAGAUCUUUUGAAUUUCUUCCUCUUGACGCUGGUCGAUCAUAUUGGUCUGCUAAAAGAUUGAAAACCAACUAUACUGUUUUUAACCAAAUACUUAACGUUGACCAGGCAAUUCAAGCAGAAGAGCUGAGGCAUAAGUCUCCUACUCAAAGAGUAGAGUUUCCUGUUAGUCCUGGAUUAGCACAUUUGGGGCUAAACCUUCAAUACCCUGGGAUUUCAGAAACUAGUCCUAGACCAUUUGACGCUGAUGAUAUCAAAGUUGAACCAAUUACAGCAGGUUACAGGCAGCAUCUGAAUCCUGUGGCAAUGCCAGGAUCUGGAAGCCACCGGUUGUCCCAGCCAGGUUUGAUGUCAGUAUCUUCUUCUUUAAAUUCACCAUCCUCCUCAUUAGUAUCUCCAACAACAACAUCAAAUAGAGAUUCCGCCCCAGAAGUGCCGGUCCGUUCUCCAUUAAAGUCUCAUUUAUUACACCAGCCGCAGAUACCAAGUAUACCAAGUCGACAACCAAGGCCAAUGUCAGAUUUGUCGCUUUUAUCAGACUUUACUCAAUGUGACAAUGCUUCCAUAGUGACCAGGCAGUCUGUAAAUGAAAUUCUAAGCCUUGCCGAAGGAUCUAUUGCAUCUGGAGAUAAUAUAAACUUGGACAAUAUGAGUAUUGACUUUUAUUUCCAGGAGCAGGGACUUAUCAAGCUGGAGGAACCAUCUCCCGUGAAGGUAGCACCAGCUCUGAGAAAAAUAUCUGUUGACUAUAUGGGCUCCAUGAGUUCUGUUGCAACAGUCAGGGAAAACAAGGCACAGUCAGUACAGCCUAUUGAAGAGCCUAGCUCUAGUAACAUAGUAGAGGAUAUUGAUAUGAACCAGAUCUAUGAUGAUGUUAUGCAAUGUGUUUACGAUGAUGUCGACGUCAAGUAUGAUGAUCUACCAAUGAUGGAUGUCAAUGGCCCGCCUGUACCCCCAGUUCGGAAGAGAGGCUUGAGUGUGGAUAGAGGAGUUCAAAGUAUAGAUAAACCACUUCCAACUGCCCCCAAACCUCCAUCAAUUAUAACCAUUCUUAGUGAAAAGAAGAAUGAACUGCUGAAGGAAAGGGAAAAGGAACAAGAAAGAAAAAGGCAAAUUGAAGAACAAAAAAGAAAAGAAAAAGAAAUUCUUGAUGAACAAAAACGGAGGGAAAAAGAGGAAAAAGAGCUAAAAAGAAAUGAGGAACGGGAAAGAAAACGCAUUGAAGAGGAAGAACGAAAACAGAAAAAGAAGAAAGAGGAAGAAGAAAAAAGAUUAAAAAGUCCAGAGUCAGAAUCAGAAAAACUUAAUCAAUCCCUUUUUCAGCGACUUUUCCAAAGAACUCAGUCAAAAUUGGAGGAUGAGGAAAAAUCCAAUGAUCUUGAUUUACCGCCUCCAGUCCCAGCUCAUGCCUCCAAUUCAAACCUAGAACCCUCUGAAUCCUCCGAAAGCCAGGAACCCUCGGAACGAAAGCAAGAAAACGGUGUUCCAUCCCCACUCAUUUUUGAUUCUGAUCUUUCAGACAUUGAAAACUUUAUUUCUCAGGCUGGAGACCUGCAGCGGCUUGACUCUAUGGUAAAUGAGUUUACAAACCAAUUUCCAACCGAGAACAACAGCAGUGAAGAUAUAAAGCUGGUUGUUCCAUCAUUUUAAUUCUAAAUUCGGAUAUUUUGAUUGAAUGAUUUUAAUUCAAUCUAUGGUAAACGAUAGUUCAUUUUACGCACAGACCGGAUGGAUUUUGUCUGCGCUUUUCCGUAUUCAUAUAGACUAUAUCAGUGCAAUUUGAAACUAUUUAAAACGUUAUUUUCUCCACACUCGUGGCAAAAGCAUUUUUAAAUUUUACCAUAGUUUUUUUAAAAGAAAUUUGCAAAACCUUUCUAUAAUAACGCCAGAGAUAUCUUAUUUUAAGAAAAUAGAAUGCUAUAUAUAUAUAUAUUUAUUAAACAGCUCAACUUGAACAUGCUUUUUUUCUCCAUUUACAUAUUUCAAAAUUUAUCUCUUCAAUUUAACAGAAAGGAAAACCAGGGUUAAAUUCUCAGCUAGAAACAAGCACAGGGCUCCUAGGGGAAGCCAAUUUUCUUUCAAAAAUGCCCAAUUCAACGCAGAAUUCUGCAUUUUUCGCGAAAAUUGAUUUUGCACAAGUAAGUAUAAUUAACGAUGCGCUAUUCCGCAUAAAACAAGAGUUUUUGGCCGAGGGGGGGGGGGGGUGUUGAAGAUUAAAAAAAGUGGAGAUAAAGUCAAAAAAUUCAUUUUAUUUAAAAUAUAUUUUUAUAGAAUUUACCUGAUCCUAACUAUAACCGUCCAUUUUGUCAAAUUGUUGCACAAUCACGUAUUUGAAAAUGGAAAAAUCUUCGUGCUUAAACAGUUUAAAAGCAAAUUACUAAAAAUAUACUAUUUUUAUUCUACAUUUUGUUAUUAAAUAAGCUAAAAUAAAAUCACAUGAAUUCAUUUUUUUCAGAUUUGCUUUUAUUUUGCAGCAUAACACAUCUUUAAAAUAUAAUUUGUAUAAAAAUAGUUUAACUCUUAAUUAAUGUAAAAAAGAAAACAUUUUUUAACUAUUAGCCUAUUUUUAUUGCGUGAAUGUACAUUAUAUUGCUAACUAUUAAUGCAGUAUUCAAUAUUU